GCGAAUACUGCCUUGGUAUAGGGUUUUUCCCUUUUGCUUUCUUUAGGACAGACUUUUCCCGUACGUACCUGUUCCUGUCUUGGCUUGUAGCUAGUUUCUAGUACUACUACUUUCUAGGUUUCCGGGCCGGAAGCAUGGGAAGCAGCAGGCCGGAGAAGGCUUUGGAGGAUUCGGUGCCGGCACACGAAUUGAUCAGUGAGAAUACGAUAUGCGCAGCAGUGGGAAAAGAUGUGGAGGAGGGCAAAUCGAUUCUUUUGUGGGCUUUCCAUAACUCUGGAGGAAGGAAGAUUUGUAUCCUUCACGUUCAUCACCCUCCAAAUCUGAUCCGACAUCCUCUGGGUCCUGCGCAAACUCCAGCAGAGUACGUGAACGAAGCAUUGGUAAGAGAAUCCCAGGACAAAGAGAGACAAAAUAUGCACGAGAUCCUCCAUAAAUAUGAUCAUUUUUGUGGCAAAAUGGGGGUACGGGCUGAAAGACUACAAACUGAAACGGAAACUAUUGAAGAGGGGAUUGUGAAACUCAUCACUCAGUAUGGAGUCAGGAGGCUUCUCAUGGGAGCAGCUGCCAAAACGCACUACAAAAGAAACAUGAUGGACCUCAAGUCUAGAAAAGCAAAAUAUGUGUGCGAACGAGCACCUGUGUACUGUUUCAUACAGUUUAUCUGCAAAGGGCAUCUUAUCCAUACCAGGAAACCACGUACAGACACAGAAAAUGAAGAAUCAAGCCUCAUGAUGUUAAGAUCACGAUCAGUUCCUUCUGGGAACAAUAUGAAUAUUGUGGCUCAAAAUGGAAGCUCAAACUUGUUCAGAUCACAAUCUGUUGCACAAAAUCAUAUAAGGGACGAUAGAAAUAUCGUAAAGAGUUUCUUCAAUGCUAUGUUCCGAGGAGGCACCAAAGAGCCUUCAAGUUCCCCGAAGAGCAGGUCUGAGGCAGAACACAAUAGUACCACUUCUGGUCAUGAAUCGGAUGUGUUAUCAUUAAGGAGUCCUUCAGGUUCAAGUCCUUCAACAUACUCUCCUAAAGGAGUUCUUGAUUUAACUCUAAGUCCAUUAGUACUGAAACCAAGUACUCCAAUGUGGGAGGGGUUCGAGUUCAUGCAGAGUUCUCCAUUCUCACCAGGCAGCUCUUCUGUUGUGGACGUUGCAUCUUCUAACGAAGCUCGAAGUGUUGCGGACAAGAGUUUAGAUAAUCCACAUUAUGAGAAACUACAACAAGUGAUGGUAUAUGCGGAAAAAUUGACACUCUUGCAGCAAAAAGUAGCAAGAGAGCUUGGUGAGGCUAUGAGCAAGGCCCAAGAAGAGUUGAUACUCAGAAGAGAAAUUGAGGAAGGGAAAACAAAAGAGAGAGAAAUUGAAACGAUGAAAAAUCAGAUAGACCAACUCAUGGAAAAGUUCAAGAUUUUCCAAGAACGUGAAACAUCAUUAAAGAAUCAAAUUGUAGAGUUGCAGAUGGAACGGGAUAACGCAGUGAAAGAAGCUGAAGAGCUGAGAAAUAAACAAGGAGAAAGCUCAAUUAGCUGGAAUAAUGCUCAGUUUGCUGAGUUCUCACUCUCAGAGAUUAAGAAAGCAACUCAAAACUUUCAUGAAUCCCUGAAAAUUGGAGGAGGAGGAUAUGGAAACAUAUACAAAGGGUAUUUGCACCAAAUCGAGGUUGCCAUAAAGAGGCUACAUUCUCAGAACUUACAUUCUGAUUGCGGGCAAGGCCCCUCAGAGUUCCAAAUGGAGGUUCGUGUAUUGAGUCGGCUAAGUCAUCCGAAUCUUGUGAGACUUAUUGGAUCUUGCCCAGAAGAAUUUGCACUCAUAUAUGAGUAUCUGCCCAAUGGAAGCCUUGAAGAUCGACCCAGAUGUAGGGACAAGAGUCCGGCAUUGUUAUGGAAAACUCGUAUUUGUAUUGCUGCAGAGUUGUGCUUUGUCCUUGUGUAUCUCCAUUCCAGUAAACCUCACAGCAUCGUACAUGGUGAUCUAAAACCAUCCAAUAUCCUCCUUGAUGCCAACGUUGUUUCAAAACUUAGCGACCUUGGGAUUUGCCGUGUGUUAUGCCAUGAUCAAUGUUCAAACAACAACACAACACUAUGUCGUAUAACUGUCCCAAAGGGCACCCUAGGUUAUGUAGAUCCUGAGUUCCUUGAAACAGGAAAGCUUACUAUGAAGUCAUAUGUUUAUUCGUUUGGAAUCAUGUUACUACAAUUGUUGACUAAUCGUUCCGCCAUCUCCAUAGCAAAUGAAGUGAAAUAUGGAGGUACCAUGAGUUUGCAAGCUGUCUUGGAUCCAUCUGCUGGGGAUUGGCCAAUUGUGGUUGCACAAAGCUUGGCUGAAUUGGCAUUGUGGUGUUGUGAUAGGAACCAAAAAAACCAGCCAGAACUUGGGUCAGAUGUUUUGGGAAAGCUUGAAUCAAUGAGGGAUUCAUCUUGAUGAUGAUCACAACUUGGGUAAGAUGUUUGUAAAAGUACUGUUGUUGAGUAUAAAAAUAGGCCUUAUAUUUCAACCACACUUAGUUCAUAUUUGUACAUUUAUUUCGUGUUGUUUAUUAUAUCGUCUAUAUAUACAAGGGUUGUAUAGCUA